UGCAAUUCAAUUAAAUUUAAUAUAUUAUCAAAAUGAAAGUAUCAAUUUUCGGUGAUCUAAACACUUUCGAGCUGUUUGUCCUGUGUACAGUGAUACCGGCUGUUUUCGUAUAUCUGUGGUCCUUAAUUUCGGGCGAUAUAAAGAACUUCAAGGCCAGCAAACUGGCUUACUCUGUUUAUACGGCAAAGGAUCCCAUUAACUGUUACCAGGAUUAUGUGGCGGAAAAACAAAAAGAUACAUAGACGAAUCAACUUUUUAGAUUGGAUAAGCUUUAAUGUGAAAAUUACAGUGUAAAUAGCUUGCAAUCCUGAUGUUAAAUAAUAAACUGGUUCUUGGAAUCGCUAUUUAAUUUA